GCUAGCUGACGUAAGAUUAUAAUCUGCUCCACGUGUGGCAUGCGGACACAAACACACCCCCACACUGAAUAUUUGCAAGCUGCCCCGCCCCUCUUUUUGUACUUAGUCUUCUCACCUACAUUUUUGAUUCACAAGUAACUGUCACCUCUUGAUCUUAAUACAAGGAGUAAGGAGCAAGAAUGGAGGAGCUGAGCAAAGAGGAGAAAGAUCUUCUUGAUCAGAUCAAGAUGAACAUAGUGUCCGAUGGACAGAGGUGGAGUAUGACCCCAGAGAAGAAGAUGAUUCACAUCUGGAGGAAGCUGAAAACAACCGAAAAAGAACUGCACACAUCUGCACAAACAAAUUACAAGCUCAAGCAGGAACAGAAAGAGGAGACUGCCAAGAUCCAGAGUUACCUUGGCAACAUUCGUACGCUCCAAGAGGAAAAGAGUAAAGAGAUAGAAUCUGAAAAGAGAGUUUUAGUGAAGCAAGUAGAGCAGCUUACACUGGAGAGAGGAGCUUUCAUUGAAGACAACCGGAGAAUAUCGCAACUGAUACAAUCAGCCGGGCUCAGGCAAUACAAGAAUAUAUCCCCAGGGGAGAUGGUCGAACACUUAGUGAAAGAGAUCGAAAAAACACGAACCGAAACAAGUAUUGCACAAGUUGAACUCGAUAGCAAACAGAGUGAUUUGGAAACAACCAUGCAUCAAGCUAAUAAAAAAACGAAUCAACUGGAAAAAGAACUAGUGCAAUGCCGAGAGUUGCAUGAAAUACAAAUGAAGAAACUGCAACUUGAAAAGGAGAAGGUUGAGGCAGCCUAUCACUCUUUGCAGGAGAAGGAAGUAUCACUGAGGUUGGAAAGUAGCGAACUGAAAAAGAAAGUACUACAUGAGACAGAUGAGAUCAAAGCCAUUAGCACUGCCAGGGCUAUGCUGCAGACGAGUCAUGAGAAGGAAGUAGAGCACUUGGAGACUGAGAGGAGAACACUGCAACGAAACCUCUCCUCCUCCAGCACACGGCUGAAGACACUGGCACAGGAGACUGAAGAACGAGAACAACAGAUUGCUGAGCUCAAGAGAGUACUGGAGGAGGAGAAAGCUCGACUGGUAGCCAUCAAAGAAGACCACAUCAAACAGCAUAAUAUGAACAAGAACCAGAUCCAAGAUCUCAAGCAGAAACUGGCCGCUUCUGAGACGGAGGCAAAGAAACUGCAGUCACAGUUGACAAGCUUUGAGACUAAAUUCAGAGAAAAGAUGGCGAUGAAAGAUGAGGAACACUCAAGCUCAACUGUGGAGCUUGAAGAAGCUCUCAGGAAGAUAGCUCUAUUGAAUGCUGAUCUGGAUGAGUCUAAGAGGAGAUACGAAGAAACUAGCAGACAUAGCCACUACUUGAAGCAAACUCUCGACAAAUCUGAGAGCCGCUUGGUAGAGAAGGAACACGAAUUAGAGCAACUCAAAGAGGAAAUUGAACACGUAAAAGAACAAAGUACAAUUGUCUUGCAGGAACAACUACAGAAAACGGAUGAAACGAAUGCCAAAAUCAACAAAUUGAAAGCAGAGUUAGCUGCUGCGACAGACCAGUUACAGCAACUCACUCACGAACAUAAGCAACUGAAACGAGAGAAAGACUUGCUAGAACAGACGAUGGCAGAUAAGGAACAGGCAAUCGACUCUCUCUCCAAGAAAGUAGCUCAACUGAGGAAGCAAGAGAAGUCUUUAGUUACACAAGUGGCUGACCUACAGCAGCAAAACACAGAGAGCACGGACAGUCUCACGAAUCUCGAUCAAGAGCUCAAGAAAACAGCCAAACAGAAAGAUGAUAGCCAAGCACAAAACAUGCGAUUGAAAGAGAGGCUACAAGUUCUGCAAGAGGAUAACAACAGGCUGAAGGUUGAAAUUGAUGAUACGCAAGCGACACUCACAGCUGAGAAGGGGAGGAACGAAACCGAGAAGGUAGAGUAUAUACGUGAGAUGAAAAUACGUGACGCUCAAGUCGAAGCACUUCAGUUUGAGAAAGAUGAAUUGGAUUCAAAAUUGUUGGAAAUUAAUGCAAAAUACUAUCAAGAGAAAGAGGAGCUACUGAGACGAGUGUCAGAGUUGGAGGACGAGCUCCACACGGCGAGGGAGGAGAGGGAGAGAGUCAACUCUGAACUGCAGCUAUCCAUCAAACAAUCCUCAUCACUAAAAGAGAGUAUUGAUGAGGCUGCCAUCACUAGAGAGAGUAUGGAGUUGGAGUCUGGACAGCAGGUGACUCUGUUAGGGCAGAGGGAGGCCACUCUCAGAGGAGAGGUGGAGGAGCUGCAGACACUCCUGCAACAAAAGGUUGAAACAGUAUCAAGCUUGACACAAACAGUGGAAGAUCUCCAACAAUCUACAAAUCAGACAGAACAGGAAUUAAAAGUAGCGAGGGAUGAGAUAACAUCACUACAACAACUGCUAGACAAAGCCGGGACAGAGAGCACUUCACUGACAGAGCAGCUGGAAAAGAUUAGCAAAGAAAAAGUCACUCUGGAAUCUACCAUUGCAGAUCUUAACAGAGAUGGAGACUCACUUAGAAACACUAUCGAACAAUUGAAACAAGAGAAAAAAUCAAUAAUCAGUAAAAUGGACGAGGCCACGAGAGAAAAACAGUCGAUAAUCGCACAAUUAAAAGAAACCAGAAAUGAGUUAGAGUCGCAAACGAAAUCACUAACAGCUGUUAGAAAAGAGAGAGAUUUACUGGCGAGAAAUUUGAAGGACUUGAAUGGAGAGAGAGAAUCACUCGCAAAGAGCCUGGUUGAAGUGAAGGGCGAGGGAGAUACGGUGACAAAGACUCUGGAGGCAAUAAAGGGAGAAAGGGACUCUCUAGCGAGAACACUUGAAGACGUGCGGAGCGAAAGUAACUCACAAACCAGGACUUUGGAGGAAGUAAAAAACGAAAGAGAUGCUCUGAAAAAGAACCUAGAACAAUUGCGUGCCGAACAAAAUUUGCUAACGAAUUCUUUACAAAGUGAAGUAGCCAAUGCAAGAGAAUCGCUUACCAACGAUCUAGAGACUGAAAGAAAUGCGAAAAAGUUAGUUUCCAGGUCCUUGGAAAGGGUCACAACUGAGAGGGACUCACUGGCAACCAGCGUUGAGGAGCUCACACGAGGGCUAACAGAAGCGAGGGAGGAGGAGGAUGCAGCAGCUAGAGCUCUGGAGAAAGUGACGGGAGAAAGAGAAGCACUUGCAAAUAGUUUGGAGAGUUUGAAGGAAGAUGCCGCGUCCACGAGGAGGAUGCUGGAGGCAAUAAAGGGCGAGAGGAACUCACUGAGCGGUACUCUGGACGGCGUGAAGGAAGCUCAUGAAACGACAGAGCAGGAACUGAGAGAAUUGAGAGAGAAAGUACCAAUCCUACACAAGCAACUAUCAGUGUCCCAACAAGAGGUGGCCUCUCAGAACCAGAAGAUGGCUGAUCUGGAGUCACAGCUCAGCCAAACCAACAACCAACUGGCCAGUGAAAUCAAGACCAAAGAUCAGUCAAUUGCCCUCAAGAGUGGUCUGGUUGAGUCUCUGGAGGGGGAGGUAUCAGCCGUGAGGAGUGAGCUGUCCUCCGUGAGACAGACCUACUCGAGGGAGAAAGGUUCCCUCUCCGAGCGACUGGAGGAGAUGAAGAAAAUGGCCACUCUGACAGAAGUUCAAACCAAAUCCGAGAAGAUGAGACUUCAGACAGAGCUGAACAAGAAGCUGUCUGAGGCAGCCACGCUUAAAAAGGAACUAGAGUCGUUGAAACUUGCCGUGGAAACAAUGAGCACUGAAAAACAAGUCACUGAAAAUCAACUCAAGUGUAAAUCAGAUGAACUGGAUAAUAGUAAAGAGAGAGUGGUGUCACUCGGUAACGAGCUAGCAGCUGCCAGGGGGAGGGCUGAUCAGCUACAGGGCGAGCUGAGGGAGAGGAGUGGCCAACUAGAAAGUGUGCAGACACUGCUACAGGAAAAAGACAAAGAGUUGCAGGAGUCCAAAGAAAUGGUGGAGGAAGUCAAACUAGACCAGACCCAGGCUAGUCAAGCCACUCAAGUUCUGGAGACGGAGAAGAAAGAGCUGACUGCUCAGUUGGUGGAGUUGGACCAGAAGUGGGUCCAGUGUCAAGGAGCCUGUGAGACUGAGAAGCAACGGUGUGUACAGCUGGAGGGCCAACGACAUACCGCAACCGCUAAAUGCGAAAAAUUUGAGGCACAAGUGAAGAAAUUGGAGCAGCAAGUUACUGCCACGAAAACAAGUUCUCGGCAGACAGAAACGGAACUGGACAAGAAAACAGCAAUCAGUCGUAGAAUAGAGUCCAAGCUAGCUAAGAAGAUCAAAGAAUGUGAAGUCAGCGAAAACCUGAGAAAAAAAGCUGAAGAGAAGGUUGGUGUCCAGAAGAGGGACCUCACCUCCCUUGCUGAGAGACUGGGACAAUUUGAGAAACGAGCUGCCAUCCUCAAAGAAAAGGAAAGUCGAUUCUCAGCCAUGCUAGCAGAGAAAGAGUCACUCAGAGAGAGCCUUCAUGAACAAGAGAUGCAGAACUUACUCCUGGAGCAGAGGGAAAAUGAGCUUCAGGAAAGGAUACGAGGGCUUGAGGAGGAGAUUAGGAGAGGGCAGAGUGGCAUGAGAGAGAGGGAGAUCCAGGGACAGGAGAUGAUGCAGACACUCAAGCAAUAUAGGACAAAGAUACACAAACUGAACGACAAGCUGAAGUCAUGUGAUGUUGACAAGCAGCGACUACAUGAUCGUGUGACCCUGCUCACAGAGGACCUGGGUAGUUGCAGUCAGGAGGUGCUCUCCCUAACCGAGAAGCUGUCCCGAUACAAGAAGAAGUAUGCUGACAAGACACGACGCUCAGCCGACAAACUGAGCACCUCACAGGACUUGUACUCUCUGAAGAGAAUGAGUCUCGAGUCUAGUGUGGAGGGUCUGAGAGAGGAGCUGGCUAGCAUGCAGAGACAGCUGGCCUUGGAGGAGAGAUGGCGGAAUACAGCUGACAAUGCUCACAGGUCUCUGUUGGAGGAGAAGUCGCAGCUGCUCGCAAGAAUUGUGAGUCUUGAAGAAAGCAUUCGCAACAAGAACCAGGUGGGGGUUGAGUUGGAGAUGACAACUGCUCGACUUAAACAGGAAAAUUUUAUUCUUGAGGAGAGGAACAAAGUUCUCCUGGGUCACCUGAAGCAUACACCACAGGCCUCACCCAAAGGGGCUUCCCCUCAAGUGCUGGUCAACGACAUGUCCCUCAACUCAAGUGCUCUCCAUUUACUGCUAUCAUCACCAAUAUCACCACUGAGAACUAAUUAAAAAACGUCACAUAGCAAUUGUUGUUUUGUAUAAGUCUAAUGGCAAUGUCAAUCACUUAAUUAAA